UUUCAAGACAUUCUCUAUAUUUUUUCAAUCGCUCUGUUCGUAUAAUUGAAAGUUCGCGAUUCAUAUUUCUUUCCGGCGGCGGAAGAGGACGGCAGAGGAUCGUUUCCGUCACUGGUUCGAUGGCCGGCGGUUCAGAUACGGCCGAAACUGUUACCUUAACUUGUGCCCGAUGCGGCAAGCCUUCCCAUCUUCAGUGUCCGAAGUGUAUGGAGCUGAAGCUUCCUCGUGAGGGUGCUGCUUUCUGUUCUCAGGAUUGUUUCAAGGCAUCUUGGAGCACUCACAAAUCAGUACAUUUAAAAGCAAAACUGUCCUUGAUAGGGACCGGUAAUUCUGGGGAACAGAAUUCAGAUCUUGCGAGUGAAGGUUGGCUAUAUUGCUUGAAGAAAGGACAGGCAAGAACACCAAAACUACCCCAUUUUGAUUGGACAGGGACUCUAAGGCCAUAUCCCAUAUCUAGCAGGCAUGAUGUACCUCCUCACAUAGAUCGGCCGGAUUGGGCAGAUGAUGGAAUUCCGAAAAUUGAGCCAAAUAGUGACUUCCAACAUGUUGUUGAGAUCAAAACACCAGAUCAAAUUGAAAAAAUGAGAGAGGUUGGCAGGAUCUCAAGGGAAGUUCUAGAUGCAGCCGCCAGAGUGAUUCGGCCGGGUAUAACUACUGAUGAAAUUGACCGUGUGGUUCAUGAAGCAACAAUUGCUGCAGGUGGAUAUCCAUCUCCACUCAAUUACCAUUUCUUUCCCAAGUCUUGCUGCACUUCUGUUAAUGAAGUGAUUUGUCAUGGCAUUCCUGAUGCAAGGAAAUUAGAGGAUGGCGAUAUUGUAAAUAUUGAUGUGACUGUGUACUAUAAAGGGUAUCAUGGUGAUCUCAAUGAGACAUAUUUUGUAGGAGAAGUUGAUGAAGAGUCCCGACGUUUAGUCCAGUGUACUUAUGAGUGUUUGGAGAAAGCUAUAGCCAUGGUGAAACCUGGAGUUAGAUUCCGUGAUGUUGGAGAAGUUAUUAAUCGCCAUGCUUCAAUGUCAGGCUUGUCUGUGGUCAGGUCAUAUUGUGGGCAUGGCAUUGGAGAGCUCUUUCAUUGUGCCCCUAAUAUUCCUCAUUAUGGAAGAAACAAAGCAGUCGGUGUGAUGAAAGCCGGGCAGACCUUCACAAUUGAACCAAUGAUCAAUGCAGGCGUGUGGCGUGAUCGAAUGUGGCCUGAUGGGUGGACCGCUGUUACUGCUGAUGGCAAACGAAGUGCUCAGUUUGAACACACCCUCUUGGUAACAGAAACUGGAGUUGAAGUCCUCACAGCUCGGCUGCCCACAUCUCCUAAGGUCUUUCCAUGGCUGAGCUGAUAAUCAACAAAUCACAAUGGCAACAAAUGCAAGAAAAUCAUAAAUCUUGAAGCUCCCCAUUUUUGGCCUCAGUUUCAUAAGAUGCGAGAUUUCUCAUUUCACACGUUUCUUGGAAACUUGGAAACAUAACACAAUAAUGUCAUCAUAGUGUAAUGGAACUGUUUGUUUAAUUUAUACUAGCUAUUUUCAUCAGUUGGACUUGAGGGUGAUGAAGCCAAGUUGAUAAAUUUGAGCCCCAUUUAUUGCCCUCCCUUAAUUAUCUUCUAUAUACACACAAUACCUUCGAGGUUCGACUUGUUUGUAAUGUCUACUGUUUGAUUCUGUA